AUGGGAGCACUGAUAAAAAACUCGCUCGAACGGGGAGAGCCCUCAGCCUCUGGUCGCGUGAUUGUUCGGAGACUGGCAAAGGCCACCGAUGGCGGAUUUGUUUGCCUGGUCCAAAGGCGGAUGCUGUGGCUAAAAGACGUUUCUCGCACCUCGACAAAGCAGCAGCAGAUCAGGUCUUAA